AUGCGUCUAUCAAUAUGCCAAAAGCUAGAAGUCAGAGAACUAAAACCCACAACAAUUUCAUUGCAAUUAGUUGACCGGUCCAUUAAAUAUCCUAUGGGAAUACUUGAGAACAUUCCUAUCAAGGUGGGCAAAUUCUUUAUUCCAGUUGAUUUUGUUGUCCUUAAGAUGGAAGAGGAUGUUCAAAUCCCCAUUAUCUUGGGAAGACCUUUCUUAUCAACCGCCGAAGCAAUCAUAGAUGUCAAAAACGAGCGACUAACUCUCAAAGUAGGGGAUGAAGAAGUGGAAUUCAACUUGUUUAACACAAUGAAGCACAAAUUCGAACCUGAUGAAUGCCUUAGAGUUGACAUAGUUGACAAGCAAGUUGAGGAAGAAUUUCAUAAGACCCAUCCUGAAGAUCCCCUUGAAGCAUGCAUUGUGCACAGCCACACAGUGAAUGAUGAGAACACAGAAAUAGCAACUUGUGCACAAUAUUUAGCAACUCAUCCACUCCUACCCCUGGCUCAAGCUUUCAAGGUAGAGGAGCUGAAGGAGGAACAAACCAAAAGCAAUCUGAAGAAAAUUUCUGAACAAGUAAAACUCAAACCUCUCCCCUCUACGCUAAGGUACGCAUUCCUGGACUCAAAUUCUGAAUAUCCUGUUAUUGUUAAUGCCAGCCUAUCUGAAAUAGAAGAGAGAAAAUUGCUAAGAGUGCUUAGGACACGUAACAAGAGCAUAGGGGUCUUACCACCUAACAUGACUUAUCAGCAAAAGAAGAAAUUUCUACAUGAUGUGCGAUACUAUACAUGGGAGGAACCUCUGCUGUACAAGAGAUGCAAUGACGGCCUAAUAAGACAAUGCAUACCGAAAGAGGAUAUAGAGAGUAUUCUCCAACACUGCCAUUCAUCACCAUAUGGGGGACACUUUGGUACCAUAAAAAUAGCAGCUAAAAUUUUGCAAGCAGGGUUUUACUAG